CUGUCAUGGUUUUAUUUAAGUGUACCAGAUAAUAAUUAUAAAUUACUGUUUAAUGAAGUCAAAAUUUAGAUUCAAACAAAGUAAAUUUAAAAAUGGCCAGCAAAGAAUAUUACGAACGAUGGUUGAAAAUAAAAGACGAUUUCGAAAAAGCCUUAGCCGCGGAUCAGAAGAUCCAAGACUUAGCAUCAGACAACAUAGGUAUUAAACCUCAAGCCACGGCAAUAGAAAUAGUUGCAAGAGUGUACUCUCAGUAUUGUAUACUGUAUAACAGAUUAUGUGAAUGCUAUGACCAAAUGGAUCAAGUACAAAGACGUCCAUUCAUAAGACAAAUUAUUGACACUGUAACUUGUCGUUUACUGGAAUUAAAAGCAUCGCUAGAAACUGUUGAAGCUUUUGAAUAUACAUAUACCGAUAACGCCCUAAAGCAAAUGCUCAUUAUACCCCAAGACGUGGAAAUACUUUGUCCAUUUUUCUAUCCAUUUGAAAUUAGGCAAAAAGAAAUGCAAUAUAUCAUCGAUCAAAUUUUCGCCGGCAAUCGUAUCGGUGAUCCCACACCGACACAAUCAGAAUUGGAACUCAAAGAACAACAACGCUUAGAAGAAGAAAUGAGAUUAAGGGAAGAGAAAGAAGAAGAAAUAAGACGAAAACUGGCACUUGGUGAAGACGUUCAAUCCAUACAUUCAGAAGUGCUGAGUCCCGAAGAGAUGGAGAAACGGAGGUUAGAAGAAGAAUAUAACAGACAUGUAAACAACAUUCAACGAAUGGAACGGUCGAGAAAUAUUGUAAGACAAAAUGCUAAGAAAGUGAAUAAAGAUAAGGCUUUAUAUUUGGAGCUUGCAGGUCUUAAAAAACCAGAAGCUUCGCCAUAUAUGAAAGAAAGGGCCGCUGCUCUUAUUAAAACGAUUUAUAAGCGAUUCAUGGAAAUUAAGCGAGAGCAAAAACGAGAAAAUCUGUUAAAAGAAAAACUUCAAAUGAUUAUAAUCUCACAACCUAAGCCAUCAGCAAAAACAGAGUUAAGGAGAGUAGAAGAGAUACGCCGAAGUUAUAGACAAAAAUAUCAUGAGACGUGGCUAGAAGAUCAUAUCAAAGAAAAAGCGCGCAUUUUACAAAUCAAAGAAGGCCAUAUAAUGGACGAUAUUACCAGCGAAAUUAGGGAGUGGUUUAGGGUGUGGUAUAACAAAGUCCGUACAUUUGAUGAGUUUCCGUGGCCUGAAGAGGGCGGAUCAAUCUUAGUUGUAAAAGGAGAAACAUUUACGAUAGAAGAAUAUAUUGAAUAUCGAGCUAAAGAAGAUAAACGUCUUAAAGAAGAAGCUGGUAAUCCAAAGACAAAACAACAAAUUAAAGCAGAAAAAUUGGAAGCUAAACUUGAACAAAGACGAAUAGAGAAAGAAGCAUUGGAAAAGGAGAAAAAAAGAUUUAGUGAUUAUAGAAAAUCAAGACUCAAUCCAGCUAACGAUCCAGGUGUCUAUUUGUCUGUAGGUAAACAAUUUGAAAGGCUACGGGAAGCGUGGAAAGAUUAUCAAAUACAAUGGAGAAAUAUUGAUGUACCAGAUCCUCCCUUAGAGGUAAUUAAAGGUUACAUAAGGGAGUUACUUAUAGGUACUGCUUAUCAAGAAGUACAUUUACAAUUGCGGCCCAUUGUGGAUGAGAUGAUGAGAUUAGAACUAGAACAGUUAAAGGUGUCGCUCAAAAAUGAUUACAAUGUGGCUGGUAUCAGCAAGCCUCCUCAAAGUGAAAAAAGGAAAAAACCGAGGAAACCUAGAGUACCGAAACCAGAAAAAAUACCUCCAGCUAGAAUGUUUCAAGAAUUAUUCGACGAAGGCAUCAUUAAGCAGCAUAAGCGUCUAACCAUUGAUGAUUUUUGGGGCGACAGAAACUAUGCUGCGGCUGAUAUGAGAGCAAUUGAAUGGACACCGACGUUCCCACCGCCAUGCAUAGGUGAUGUUCGAGAACAAAUAAGAAUUCGUUGUUUGUUAACACUUGGAUCUUCAUGUCGCAAUGCAAACCGUUCAAUACUUCUGGUAGGACCCAAAGGUUCGGGAAAGAAAACGCUCGUUUAUGCUUUGGCAACUGAGACCAAUUCAAUUUUAAUAGAUCUUUCACCAUUUAAUGUGUAUAACAAAUACCCAGGUCCAAAAAACUUUAAAAAAAUGUUUAAUUUAAUUAACAAAGUGAGCAGACUAAUGCAACCCACUAUAAUUUUAAUUUCGGACGCUGACAAAAUUUUUUAUAAGAAAGUACCACCUGAAGAAAAAAUGUUUGACCCGACACGAUUACAAAAAGACUUAUUCAAGGAAAUUGUAAAACCCCUAUCAGAUAAAGACAAAAUUCUAGUAAUUGGUACAUCGUCAGAACCUUGGUUAUCGAGAGGAGCCCUGAUGUUGAAGGCAUUUUCAUCAAUGAUCAUGUUUCCUAGAAGUGACUACGGCAGCAUAUCGUUAAUAUUAAAAAAAGUCCUGAUGAAAUACCACGGCAUAGAUAGAGAAUUUAACGUUCAUUCUUUGGCACAAACACUGCGUGGUUUUGACAUAAACACUAUAAGGCGAGCUAUAGGCACGGUGUUGGAUGGUGAUAGGAUUGCACAAUUAUACUACAAACCACUGGAGCCGGCUGAAAUAUUAAAGGCAGCAAUGAACGACAGCCAAUGUAACUAUAUAGAUCCAUUUGAUUAUGAUAUGUUCACACAAUGGUACCUUGCUUCUUCGCCGUGGGGAGGAGAAUAUGCUUACUACAUGAUGAUGCUAGAGUCACAACUUAAUUACAAGUUGAAAGAGGAAAAGAAGAAGAAAAAAUAAAACUGCUAUCUUUUUUUUAACACAUUUUUUUUUCAAUUAA